AUGCGUUACUCUUCCGCCCUGGUGCUGAGCACCAUCGUCGUUGGCCAGGCCGCCGCCGCCAACCUCCACAACCGCCACGCCAGCUUCCACGCGCGCCGUCAAGCUGCCGAAGCCAAGCGCAACGCCGAUGAAGUCGACUGGUCCAAGGUUGCCUAUGACCUGGGCGAUGUCAACUGGAGCUCCGUCUUCGCCUCGACUACCCCUACCCCUACUCCUACUCCUACUCCUACUCCUACUCCCGAGAGUGACGCUCCUGCCGACAAGCCUGCCGACAAGCCUGCCGCCGCUGCCAAGGUCACACCUGUCGCAGAGGUCGAGGUCACCAAGGAGGAUGUCCCUUCUAGCAGCCCUCCUAUGCCGUCGCCAACACCAUCGCCAAAACCUAGCAAACCCUCGGGUGAUAACUCUAUCGGCGGCAUCAUUGGCGAUGUUCUCGGUGAUGUAGGUGACGCUAUUGGCGAGGCUGUCGAUGAUCUCAUGCACGGUGUCCAAGAAGUUGCCGAGAAGCUGAACUGCAAGAUCGGAAAGAACGACAAGAGCAACAAUGGCAAGAUCUGGAUCGGCGACGACAGUAAAUAUACUAUCGAGUUCAUCAACAACAAGGCUGAUGAUGCUGUCCUCUACUGCUGGGCAUCCAACGGUUACAACGGCAUGAUCGUGACCAAGUUCGAGCCUGAAAUCUCCGUCGCAGUCAAGUCCGGCAAGUCAGUAACGCUCUCUUGGGCUGCCGACGUUCCUUCCGCCUGCGCCCCUGUCUUCUCCGGCACAACCACUUCCAUCUUCGGAGGUAUCGACAACACCUGGCUGGAGAUGAACUUUGGUCAAUGGGGUACCUUUGAUGUUUCGCGCAAUGUCAACAUGAAGGGUGACAACAUCAGCGCCAAGGGAUCCAAGUGCACAUCGGACAUGGAGACGUGCGUCUUCGUGUGCAAAAACGGCAUGGCCUCUUGCGAAAAGGGAUCCGACUACACUCUCAAGAACUGCCAUUCCGGCAACGGUGGUGGCGGUGGUUGGGAUGUCAAUGUUGCCGGUGUCGGUGGUGGCUGCUCCAUGGGCGCGAACAGCGAGCACAUCAAGGCCGUCCUCGGUUAGGUGUCGUCUAUGUCCGUAUGGAGUUUGUCAUGCCUCUGAUUUUUUGCGUAUUCAUCUUCCGCCAUAUUCCCCCUUGCUCAUUGCUGCCCUGGGCAUGUACCGUCCAGGCAGUCUUCUUGCCAUGGCCACCUGACAGGAUACCUGUGCGUGCUGGGGAUAGCGGUAACCGAUGCACUUGCAUCUUUCGUCAGGACUCUUAGUGGUCUAUGUGUAGUAUUUUGUAACUGUUUAUUGUUAGUUCCCGCAAAUACGAAAGCAUAAAAAA